AUGGUGACAUAUCCGGCAGAGCGCAGGACCUUCUGCAAGCGCGAGGGAAAGCACACCGUUCACAAGGCAUCGCUCUACAAGAAGGGCAAGGACUCUCUCUUAGCCCAAGGUAAGAGACGUUACGACCGCAAGCAAAGAGGUUUUGGUGGUCAGACCAAGCCCAUCUUCCGCAGGAAGGCCAAGACAACAAAGAAGCAAGUCAUCAGGCUCACGUGCUCAUCCUGCAAGUGCCAGACGUUCCAGGUUCUGAAGCGCUGUCACCGCCUCGAGAUUAGCCGCUUGGGUGCCACAAAGAAGUCUAAGGGCAGUGUCGUUUUCUGA